AAAUUCGCAAAUAGCUUCUCUUCCUCCGGUGGUUCCACUCAUAUAAUUACACUGAACCUCACUAUCAGAACAAAGUGUAACAGCAACACCUAGAGAUUGUAACAUUUAUAUACUGGAUUUAUCUGUUUAUAUUUUUGAAGGGCAGGGGAAAAAUGUUGCAGGAGGACCCAAUGCAUCCUCGCGGACAAUCACAAAAUGAAGAGAUUUCAAGUCCGCUAACUGCUCAAAUCAUGGAGUUCUGUGAAUCUGGAUUAUUCCCAGAAACCUUACAAAACUCUGAAGUUGUUUCUACUUCAAACACCUACUAUGAGGACCAGUCUUCUUAUACCAGUAAUCUUUCCUAUAAUACUCCUGAAGUAAACAAACUUUCUAGUGGCAUAGUUACUAAUGACAGCAUAAAAACAACUGAACCUCUACCUUCAAACACUAGUAGCAACCUCUCUAUGAUCUUUUCUUCUGCAGAAGAGCUAGACAAAGAUGUCUCAGGCUCAACAGACCUCUUUUCUACCCCGUUCUCUGUUCCUAAUUUUGAAGAUGGCCAACAGGAGCAGUAUGAUCUCUCGUUGCUGCAAAAGCACGUUGGAGUAACAGAAUAUGGUUUUGAAACAGCAACAUAUCAAAAUGCACCUGAUACUGCUGUCCCUCCUCCUCUGAUGGGGCCUCCACUAGGACCACUACCCUCACUUCAUGUAGAAAAUUGCUUGUCCUCUCUUCCUUCUUACAUGCCUUUGAAUCCUUUGCCGGCCCCUACCUGUUCUGUCCUUGAUCCCGAACUUCUCUCAAGCAAUCUCAAUGCUGCUUUACCUAAUCGAAAGUCUGAAAAUUUUAGGGGAAAUUUUUUCAUGAACAAUAAUCUGCAACUUCAAGAGCAAGAUGACGAGGUAGAUAUUGGUGGAAUCUUCGGUUCAGAUCCUCUUCCACAGCUUUAUAACACUGACCUUCAGAAUAAUAUGGUAGAUGGGAGCGUGAACUUUACUCCUCUUCCAACUGAGAUCACUAGCUUGGAGGAUCCUACAUACAAGGCCAGCAAACUCUCAGCUGAAGAAAAGAAAGAAAAAAUUCAUAGGUACUUGAAGAAAAGGAAUGAAAGAAACUUCAGCAAGAAAAUUAAGUAUGCAUGUCGGAAAAGUCUAGCAGAUAGCAGGCUCAGAGUUAGAGGAAGGUUUGUAAGAAAUGGUAAUUUUGGAGAUGGCGCUAGAACAACUUGUAGCAGCCAUGAAGAGGACACUUAUAAUGAUGGUAUGGUGAAGGAUGAAGAAGACAUUGUUGAUUCUUCGGACAUCUUUGCUCAAGUUAGCAGUGUCAACACUUAUACAUGCAACUACUCAACAAUAGAAUCUUGGAUUUGAUAAUUGGAACCAGAUGAAGAAUUUUAAUUAUAUUGCUCAGGGCCCCUUAUAUAGCAGGAUAAGGAUAAAUAACAGGGGUGAUACUAUAGUUCUUUGUGAUUCAUAAUCUGCGGAAUUACUUCCAUAACAGUCUAUCAUUGUAACUACUACUAGCAAAUGAAUAACAAUGUAGUUCAGGUAUAUACAACUAUCUAUCAUCUGUUUAAUCUUUUGACU